AUGCCGUUCGGGUUGAAAAAUGCCGGGGCCACCUACCAGAGGACGGUGAACAGGAUGUUCGCCCACCAGAUUGGACGAAACAUGGAGAUAUAUGUCGACGACAUGAUCGUGAAGAGCCGAACAGCCGAAGCUCAUUCUUCCGACCUGGCUGAAACAUUUGACACCCUGCGAAGGUUCGGCCUGCGCCUCAACCCUGCCAAGUGCGCCUUUGGCGAAACCUCGGGAAAAUUCCUCGGAUUCAUCAUACACGAGAGAGGGAUUGACGCCAACCCGGAAAAGGUCCAGGCUAUCAUAGACAUGCAGCCCCCUCGGACGAUCAGAGACCUGCAGCGCCUUAACGGGAGGCUAGUCGCCCUAUCACGUUUCCUUUCCCGUUCGGGAGAUCGCUGCCUCCCCUUCUUCAAGGCCCUGAGGGAUCCCAAGAACUUCCGAUGGACGACGGAAUGUGAGAGGGCCUUCGAGCAGAUGAAGCAACACCUGGCCAACCUCCCCCGACUCGCCUCAGUCUCCCCAGAGGAAAAAUUGAGUCUCUACCUCACCGCCUCCCAGCACGCGGUCAGUUCGGUUCUAGUCAAGGAAAACUCCGGCGACCAACUGCCGGUCUACUAUGUCAGCCACAUGCUAAGCGGGCCAGAGGGACGCUACCCGCCAAUCGAAAAGCUGGCGCUGGCGCUCGUCCUGUCGGCACGAAAGCUCCGCCCUUACUUCCAGGCCCACCCGAUAGAGUCCGUGGCAGACUUUAUCGCGGAGCUGACCCCGAGUACAGGCGAAGAACUCGAGCCGCCGCAUGACACGUGGACUCUCCACGUAGACGGGUCGGCCAACGCAAAGGGCGCCGGCGCAGGGCUGGUGCUGGUGACACCUGACGGCCGCUCGAUUGAGCGCUCCUUCCGCUUCGGGUUCAGGGCCACCAACAAUGAAGCAGAAUACGAGGCUCUCCUAGCGGGGCUCCGAUUGGCACUGGAGAUGCGGGUGACCGACAUACGCGUAAUCACCGAGUCACAGCUGGUGGCUAGGCAGCUCGACGGCGAAUACGAAGCCCGGGACCCGACCAUGGUGAAAUACUUGGCACAGGUAAAAAACCUUGCCACCAAGUUCGUCCAUUUUGAAUUGUCGAAUGUUCCCAGGAGCGAGAACCAGCGAGCCGACACCCUGGCAAAACUGGCGUCCGGCUCGGCCCCCAGGGCUCGACCCGAGACCGAAGGGCUCCCCCACCGAGCCAUAGAGGUCGUCACCACAGUCACGGACGGCGCGCCGGCCACUUGGGUGCAGGAGAUGCUACGCUUCAAGUGGGACAGAACCCUACCCGUCAACGAAACCGCGGCUCGACGCUUGCGUCGGACGCAGGCAUGGUACUCUGAAGAAGGAGGAUGGCUGUACAAGCAGUCUUUCUCGCGCCCCUUGUUACGCUGCCUAGAGCCGAACGAAGCUCGGACAGUUCUGUCCGACAUGCAUGAAGGGGCCUGCGGGGAACACAUAGGCGAACGAGCCCUGGCGCACAAGAUGCUCCGACAGGGAUACUACUGGCCGACCAUGCGCCAGGACGCGAAAGCUUUCGUUCGGCGAUGCCGCUCAUGCCAGGAGCACGCCCGCACCGCCCAACGGUCGGCGGUCCUGUUCACCCCCGUCGACUGUGCUUGGCCAUUUGCGCAGUGGGGGCUGGACAUACUCGGGCCUCUCCCACCCGCCUCUGGCCAGCGGAAGUACAUCAUUGUAGGAGUGGACUACUUUACCAGGUGGGUCGAAGCCGAGUCCCUAGCAACCAUUACGGAGUCACAAGUGGAAAGCUCGGUGGCUUACCCCCAGGCGAACGGGCUAGCUGAAGUAACCAACCGGUCUAUCGUCGACGGUCUCAAGAGGAGGGUGUCCGCUGCCCGAUCGGCUUGGAUCGACGAGCUCCCGAGCGUCCUAUGGGCGCUGCGCACUACCCCCAAGACCCCGACCGGGGAGUCUCCCUACAGCCUCACGUUCGGGACCGAGGCCGUAUUACCAUCCGAAGUAGCCGUCCCAACUCCGCGGACAGCAGGCUACAGCGAGGAGGCCUCGGGUGAAGGACUCCGAUCCAACCUGGAUCUGCUCGAGGAAAGACGGGCCAGCGCACACCAGAAAGCUCUUUCUUACAAAAGAGCCGUAGCAAGGGUCUACAACCGGAGGGUGCGACCCCGGUCGAUAAAGAUUGAGGACUUGGUCCUGCGCAAAAUCGAGGUCAGCCACCCAACCCAAGUAAGGGGGAAACUGGCCCCGAAGUGGGAAGGACCCUAUCGGGUCAUCGGAGUAUCCCGACCGGGGACGUUCCGACUCGCAACAAUGGAUGGCGACCCCGUGCCCCGGACUUGGAACAUACAGAACCUUAGAAAAUACUUCAUCUGA